GAAACCCGUAAGGCCGUAACCAAUAAAAUUCUUAUCGGUUCGAUUUUGAUUUUAAAAAAAAAAACCGAUUUCCCAACCCUAAAUUUACCCAAAACAUCGGAGGAAUAUUUAUUAGUGUUGAGAAUAUAAUAUAGUGUAAAUUACUGAUUGCCAAACGACUUCUUCAGUGUCCCAAAUUAAAUUAUGGUGACACAUUUCAUCACGCAGAUCAGAAGCAACCUUAGUGGAAGAGAUGAGCAAGACAAUCCAACUCAAGCUGAACGAGAUCACCGCCGAAGAAGAAGAAGCCCAUACCAAAAUAACUCCCAUAAUGGCGACGACGACUCUCAAGGAAAAACACCUCUUCUCCUACCAAAACCUACAAGACAUCGCCAUCGUCAGGAUCUGCGGAUUGGGCGGCCUAGAAAGCACCAAGUCAGCAAAACUCGUGUACGACAAUGUGCUCGCCCGCAGGGAAUCACAACUCCCAUCCACCACCAAUCACAAAAACGACAAGACAUUUCGACUCAAACCAACCCGGUCGGACCAGCAGGACCACCCGGAGCUGAAAUGGACCCGGAAAGUAUGGGACAACGACGGAGGAGACAUCAUCACCGCCGUGCGAACGAAUCACACCGCCAUCGGCGGGUACAAAAAGGUCCUGGCACUCGUCGACGACGUCGAGAAGCUGGAGUCGCUCCUCCGUUUCGCUGCGGUGAUGGGUUGGUUGGGUUCGGGCAGCCGGAUCGUCCUCUCGACCGUGGAUGUUUCCAAGAAGAUUCUCAAAGUGAUCCACAUAUACAUGGAGGGUCCCACAGGAGGAGAAAAUGGUAAUUGGGCUAAUAAUAAUAAUAAGUAUUUGGACGUUGCUUGCUUUAUGAAGGAGAUGGUCAACGGCGGGGAUCUAAUGAAGAGGGUGGAUAAAUGUCUAGCCAAUGGCGGUUUGCCGGCGGAGAUCGACGUCAAGGUUCGUGUCGAGAGGUUCGACAACGUUGGGAUGGUUGAGAACGGGAAGCUGGAGGUAGCGGCGACGGCGUCAGAUAAUGAUGAUGAAGAAGACGGUGAAAAUGGAACAUUGCUGGAUGGGGAGAUGUGGAAGAAGAAGAAGAGUAGUUCAGAGGGUAAACAACCAAGAGUAAUGCAGGUUUCGAUCCUUGUGUUCGCUGUUGUUUUCAUUGUAUCGAGAGUAGGCCCAAGAAGCCCAGUAGUCGCUUGAUACAUCCGGUUACGAAACCAACCCGGGCCAUGAAGCUAAGUAUUCCUAAAUAUGGACUAGCUAGCCCAUUAUGUUGGGUCUUUUGUGUGAGUAAGCCCAAGAAAUUUUAUUUUUUCAAGUGCACUGUUUAAAUUUUGGGUAAUACUUAUUUAUUAGCCAAAUUUUUUUUAGAUUAUUUAUUAUUAACGAAAUCUAUUGAGUUAUAAAUAGUUAGCCAAAUG